CCUAAGUCAUUCAGAUUGCUCAGACUUGAAUGGUAGACAACAGAGUUCUCACAGACCGAUAGUACUUGAACAAUCUCUGUGCUGACAGUAGGAACAGAAGACGAGGUAAAGAAAGAACAGCAAGGAGAAAGAAAGAACUUCUUUGUGAUGGUUUAUUCCAGGAGUGAAUGGGCUAAAGUGGACAUUGCGAAUGUUGGUGACACAUUUUUAAAGACUUCACUGACUUUGACAAAGUCAUCGUCUUUGAGCUGUUACUUUUAAUUUGGGACUACUUGAAAAAGGUGAUGAUGAGGACCAGUGAUACGGAGGCACCAGAGAACAGACCACCCAAACCGCUCACUAAAAUCCACAACAUAGAGAAGGAAGGAUGCAUACAGGUGUUGAUGAAGAAGAAAAGCAAAGCUCAGAAGGAGAAAGAGAGCAGUGACAAGAAGAUUGAUGUUCCUGGAACUGUUAAAAGACCUCAGAACCCUCAUGAAAUACAGCAGAGAAAAGCUGGACUCAUGGAUCUGUCUAAAGAAUAUCUCAUUCAUCUACUGGGAGUCAUGGAGGGAGAAGUUCAGGCGCGUGAAGACAUUAUCCACAUGUUGCAGUCUGAGAGAACACGGCCUGAAGAUCUAGAAGCUCAUUACGGUUCUGCAGCUCCGAUCAAACCUCUUCAAGCUCUGCAGAGAGACAGUCUGAUGACCAGCAAUGACAUGACGAGAGAUGAUGUGUAUGGGAUACCCAUGAUAGAGCUGGACCGUUUGGAGGAAAAACAACGGGAGACAUACAGACGAAUGCUUGAACAGCUGCUGUUAGCAGAAAAAUGCCACCGACGGACAGUCACAGAACUGGAGAGUGAAAAACGCAAACACAUCGACUUCAUGAACAAAAGUGACAACUUUACCAACCUUCUGGAACAGGAACGAGAGAGACUCAAGAGACUGUUGGAUCAAGAGAAAGUGCAUCAGGCUCACAAGGACAAAGAUCACAGCAAACGUCUUGAGAAAGUUUGCAAGGAGCUGGUCAAGCUGAAAUCAUUUGCACUCAUGCUGGUGGAUGAAAGGCAACUUCAUAUUGAGCAGAUUGACCAUCAGAAGCAGAAGAGUGAGGGCCUCAACAAGAAGCUUCAUGAAAGUGAACAACAGAUAGAGAUCGCCAACAGCAAAGCUAAAGAAGACAGCCAGAGGAUCCAGAGGUUGGAGCUGGACCUAGAACAUAAGACCUCUAGAUUUGUUCAGGAACAUGAGGAGAUGACCACCAAGCUGGCUAAACAGGAGUCUGAAAUCCGACAGAUGUGUCUGAAGUUGGACAGCCUGUCGUGCAGGAUUGCGGAGCUGGAAGAGACCAAUUGUACCCUGCAGAAAUCCGAGGAUGACCUGCAACACCUGCGGGACCAAAUAAGCCGAGGGGAGUGUGGAAACUCCAGCCUCAUGGCUGAGCUGGAGAACCUUCGAAAGAGAGUGCUAGAGAUGGAGGGCAAGGAUGAGGAGAUCACGAAAACAGAAUCACAGUGCAAAGAGCUAAAAAGGAGGCUUCAGGAUGAGGAGAACCACAGUCAUGAGCUGAAACUGGUUGUGGAGAAAUUCCAGAAGAGGAUGGUGGACCUGGAGAAAAUGGAGGGAGCUUUUAAUGUGAGCAAGUCGGAUUGUGCUCAGCUUCACACCAACCUGGAGAGAGAAAGGACCUUGAUGAAGAACUUGGCUUGUGAGCUAGAAUCAUUUAAAACCCACAUCAAAGAACUCGAGUGUUCGGAGACGAGACUUGAAAAGGCUGAGAUGAGUUUAAAGGAUGACUUGACAAAACUAAAGUCAUUUACAGUGAUCCUAAUAGAUGAGAGAAAGAACAUGGCUGAGCGAAUCAAACAGGAGGAGCAGAAAAGUGAAGAGAUAAACAAACUGUUUAAAGCUGAGCAGUGCAAAGUCAUGGAGGUGACGGAAAAGCUGAUCGAGGAGAGUAAAAAGCUUCUUAAACUAAAGUCAGAGAUGGAGAUGAAAGUAUCCACUCUUGCCAAAGAAAAAGAGGACCUGAAGUCUAAACUUGCAAGUGAAGAAGAGAAAAGGAGUGCAAAGAAAGGUCAGAUGCAAAGUAAAAUGGACGAGCAAGUUGAAACAGAGUGGGAAUAUUUUCGAAACAGAGCAUAUAUGGACAAGGUUGGAUAUCCUAAUGAGGACAACAAGGUAAAGGAGCUCACACAGGAGAUCGAGAGACUCAGGAACCGCCUGAAAAUGCUUGAGGUUGUGGAGGGUGAUUUGUUGAAGACAGAGGACGAGUAUGACAUGCUCGAGAAGAAGUUUAGAACUGAGCAAGACAAAGCCAACACACUGUCCCAACUCUUGGAGGAAAUGAGGAUGCAGAUCACCAAGAACAAGGCCAUAGAAAGAGGAGAGUUGGUAAGCCAAGAAGCUGAGUUGAGAUUACGUUUCAAGAUAGAGGAGGCCAAAACGAGAGAUCUUCAGGCCGAUGUCCAAGCUCUAAAGGAGAAAAUUCAUGAGCUCAUGAACACGGAGGAUCAGCUUUCACAGCUUCAAGUGGAAUACAUGGUUCUCCAACAGAGGUUAAUUGAAGAGGAGGAUAAAAAGAAGAACAUGAGUCAAGAAGUUCUCAAAUUAACCAAAGAGCUGGAAGCCACUAAACGCUACAGCCGUGCCCUGAGACCCAGCAUGAAUGGAAGGAGAAUUGUGGACGUUGCUCUGGCUUCCACUGCAGUACAGACUGACGGAGAUAUCAUUGAACACAUGGAGUAUGAGACUCCGGCUGUGUUUAUUCAGAAGUCCGUUCUGGAGGAAAAUCAUCUUAUGAGCAAUUUGAGACAGAAAGGUCUCAAGAAACCAACGGUGCUGGACCGUUAUCCGCUGGCAUCUGCAGAGUUGGGGAUGAGAAAAUCGUGGACCCCUUGGAUGAAAAAGAAAGAGGCUGUUACUAUCACACAGGAGCAUCUAUCAGACCAAACAACCCAACAAGUCAAUGGAACAACAUCGCCAUCAUCACCAGAAUUAUCCAUAUCUCGGAAAACAGGUCAGCCUCUCCAUAUUAAGGUGACUCCAAACCAAAAAAACAGCACAGCCAGAUUGGAGAUCACCAGCCCAUGUGCUGAGGACUUCUUCUCCAGUACCACUAUCAUACCAACUCUUGGACUCCAGAAACCACAGAUAAAAAUCGUUCCUACUUCUAUGCUGCCAAAGUCCAAGGCCAACGAAGGGGCAACUGGACCUGAACAAGCAAAGUCUCCAGUCACAAUCACCACCAUCUCCAGAGCUAAAUCUCCAGAAAAAGGCAAAGAACAUUCUACCUCACCUCUGUCCAUCAUCACUGUUAGUGCAACGCCAGUCUCCCAGGCGUGUGGCUCCCCAGAACCCAAAGAGAUGACCAUGGGCAGGGCUGUGUUUAAGUUGACCCCUGAUAAGCAGACCGUUCCAAUGCCCAUCCGGAAAUACAACUCCAAUAUUAUCACCACAGAAGACAACAAGAUCCAUAUCCAUCUGGGAUCACCUGGGUUUAAGAAACCUCAAGAUGACAGAAGUGGAACAGUAGUGGUCUGGCCUAAAGGUGUAAGUUCAGAUAUGUCUACAGGAACAGUUUUGCGCUGUCCUCGACAGACUUCUGCUAACUCAAUCCAGGGCAAGGUGACCAGCAGCAUUACAAUUACCCCCAUCACCUCGACCCCUUCAAGAUCAACUCAAUCUGUUCACGGAACGGAUGUGCAGUCACCUCGCUCCACAGCAACACGAAUCCCUGUGUCAAAAGGUAUGAAAACAGGGAAAGUGGUCUUCGGUCCGUCCUCGACGUCACGCUCUGAGAGCCAGUCUAUGAAAAUUGAACUGAGGAAAACUGCAGUUUGCAGCUAUAUAGCUGGAGGAAAGAGAUGAGAUGGACUCAUUAAUUUGGCACUGGAAUUGGUCUAAGCACUACAGAACUGUAUAAAAUCUGAAAUAAUUUGCACUGCAAAACAAAGAAAUUGAACAUUUUGAAAAAACAAACAAACAAGCAAACAAACAAAAAAGUCAUUAUUAUAUUUGAACUGUAAAUAUCGUAUGUCAAAUCAUCCAUUUGUACAGACUGUAUAGCUGACACUCACACAAAUGGACAAAGUGACAGAUCUGUGCAUGUUUGUUUUUUUCUUUGCACAUUUUCACUAACCCUGUUUUUCCAUUCAUAUUUAUUUUUCCAUUUACCAUUUUGCUAAUGUUUUAUUUUAGAAAACUGCUUGUGGAGGGUUCCUGCAAAUGUAUUGGAUCAAAUGGCACAAAAUGUGAUUCCACUAAAUAAAUAUAUAUUAUUUUGUCUUCAGAAUCUGAAAUAUAAUUUUUGAAUGUGUGUGUGUGUAUAUAUAUAUAUAUAUAUAGCCUAUAUAUACACACACACCCUUCUUAUGAUCUUAAAAAUCUUUUGAUCUGAAGGCGUAUGCUUAAAUGUUUGAAAUUAGUUUUGUAGACAAAAAUAUAAUUGUUUUUGAAAGUUUUUGAAAUUGGACCAAAUAAUAAAGAAAAGCAGCCAAUAAGUGCCCAAUAUAGAUGGGAUUUAUUUUGGAUUUUGUUUAGUCACAACAUAAUUCCCAUAGUUCCAUUUAUGUUAUUCCAUAGUUUUGAUGAUUUUACUAUUAUUCUAAAAUGUUAAAAAAAAAAAAAAAAAAAAAAAAAAAGUAUAAUAAAGAAUGAGUGUUUCAAAUCUUUUGACCGGUAGUGUAUAUAUAUAUAUAUAUAUAUAUAUAUAUAUAUAUAUAUAUAUAUAUAUAUAUAUAUAUAUAAUUUUUAUUUGACAGAGCAAGUGCACCAUACACCAGGCUGCAUCCCAGGCACCUAGAAAUAUGAUUUAUUGUUAUGUUCAGUAUUAUUGUUUUGUUUAUUACACAAUUAUCUUCUAAGAAGUACUGGAUAUCAGGAAACCUAAUGUGUGAAUAACAAUUUAUAACAUAUUCCUUGAAGAAAAGCAUAUUUAGUGCAAACUCUGGCAGACCUGCAUCAUCAAAUAUUUACUGAUGAACAAACUUUUAAAUAAUUGUAUAGAUGACCCAUUGUGGAUACCAAAAGUUCCCAUAGAGAAGGAAUUUGAUAUUAUUCCAAAAAUGAUAUGUGAUUUUCUGGAUUCAAUGCAAGUUAAGCUCUAUGGACAGUCUAUUCAACAUGCUGUCAAUUAGACAGACAAUCAUUUACACUUACACAUUUGAAGAAAAUAAAAAUAAAUUGUGUUUACAUUAAUGCACUGGAACAUAGACUUACAGUGCAUUACUUUAAACACGUUUUAAACAAAGCAUUCCAGAGUGUUUAAAAGCAGAAAUGCACUGCUCAUAAUUUUGUCAAAUCACUUAUUUUAUUGUGUAUUCCAUAAAUAUAAAUUAUUCUGUAUAAAAAUGUGUUGUUUGAGCUUUAAAGUAGAAUAAAUGGUCCUUUUAGCUGUGA